AUGUCCCAGUCUGACAGUCCCGUCACAAGAUUCUGGGCUCCUCCUCCAGAGCCUGCGACGAAGCUCGGGCGCCACCGCCAGCUUGCACCUCUCGCAGGUGUCCAUGUUUCUCCCAUUUGCCUCGGGGGCCUCAGCCUCAACCUCGGAGGUAAAGUGGUCGAACUCGGCCUCGAAGGUUUAGACAAGGAGAAAUCUUUUGAGCUGCUCGACGCCUUUCACGGAGCGGGAGGCAACUUCAUCGACACCGCGAGCAACUACCAGGAUGAAAUGUCCGAGAAAAUCAUCGGCGAAUGGAUGGAAACGCGUGGGAUCAGGGAUCAAAUGGUGAUUGCGACGAAGUAUACGGCUAACAUCAAGCGUACCGCCAACUUGCUCCAGAAGACACACUACGUGGGAAAUAAUCUCAAGUCUCUUCACCUCGCCAUCGAAGGGUCUUUAAAGAAACUGCGCACGAGUUACGUCGAUAUUCUCUACUUGCACUGGUGGGACUGGUGUUGUGGAGUUGAGGAAGUUAUGAAUGCCUUGCACAACCUCGUGGUCCAGCCUGAGAGCAAGGUGCUCUAUCUGGGAGUCUCCGACACGCCUGCAUGGGUGGUUGCUGAAACACAUAUGCGCGCCUGA